AUUAUAUAUAUAAAUAUAUAUCAAAAGGGAGUUUAGGCUGCUUCAUAUCGCUAUACUUAGCUAACCUGUGAACAUAAUGUCCGGCACCCCCGUGUUCAAGAAGCCUACUGUCUUAGUAUGCUCUGGCUCUUGCCGGUCCAAAUCAUUCAAUAAGCAAUUGGCAGUAUACUCGGCCAAUUUGCUCAAAGAAAUCGACGUCAAUGUGAUCUACAUAGACUUGCGGGACUAUCCCAUGCCGGUUUAUAACGGUGAUGAUGAGGAAGAAACCGGGUUGCCACAGUCGGCCAAAGAUCUGAAGCAGAAGUUCAUAGAGAGUGACGGGCUUCUGUUUACUUGCCCAGAGUACAACGGGUCGGUUACUGCGCUGUUUAAGAACACCGUAGACUGGAUCUCCAGGCCACACAUGAAGGACGAGCCGACCUAUGUUGCCUUCAAGGGCAAAGCCGCCGCUCUGCUGUCUACAUCGCCGGGGGGAUUGGGCGGACUUCGAUCAUUACACCACUACCGUGAGAUUCUAACCAACCUGGGGUGCAAUAUCAUCGCCAAUCAGGCUGCCGUUGGUGGCGCGUACAAAGCUUUCGAUGAUAAAGGCGAUCUGCUGUUGGAUUCACACAAGAAUAUGGUUACACAGGUACUCCAACCGCUGGUUAAGAUAUCAGGGUUCAAUGCCAAUCAGGAAAUGGUCUGUUCGUUGCAGAACAGUCAAGCUGAGCGCCCGUGUGGAGAGUACGGCUACAUUGCAAUUGCGAAAUAAAACAUCG